AUUAAUUAAUGAUUUACUUAUGAAUUGUGAUAAAUAUUUAAUUUAUUUGUUAUUAACUUUGAAAUGAAUUCAUUUUUAUAAGCAUUUGUUAAUCGUAUCCCAUAUUACUCUUAAGUAUUGUUUAAAAUCUGUGCAAAAAUUGAAAAUAUGUUUCAAAAGUGUCUUCACAUAAAUUGCAAUCAAUUUGUGAAUUGAGUUGAAGACUAAAAAUAAGAUCAUUUUGUUGCAAAUUAUGUCAAACUUUCCGAUUAUACGGACGACUCCUCCACCGCUGGACACCAAUGAGAGCGAAGAAGAAGAACCAGAUUUCGGAUCAUUUAAUGGCGUCUCCGGUGAUGAAGAAGAAGACAUUGAUUUCGUUGUUCCCGUUGUUCAGCAAAACAGUGGCAAACAGACAGUCAUUGAUAAUAACAAUACCAGUGAUGAUCCGGCAACCGUUGAUGACAAUGAGUGCAAUGAGACAGAGAUGAGGAAUGAGGACAUAGUCUGUGACAAUAGUAUUACAAUUGAAUCCAACACUUGUGAUGAUAAUAGUAUUAAAUCGACGGAACACGACAUCAGUUAUCUUAAUAAUGAAGACGAUAUCAAUAACAUCGGCGAUGAUGUCAAAGAACUAGAAUUAGAGUCACUUCCAGACACUGAACCAAUUGAAACAAAUGUCGAUAAAGAGUUGGAAGAUAUAGAAGAUAAUAAAGAUGUCUUCACUGAUGAGUUAAAUAAUAUUGAAAGUGGUGUUCAUGAAGAAGACGAUGAUUUCGCAGACUUUAGUUCGUUUCGGUUCACAAAAUGUGAAGAUAAUGGCAAUCAAUUUGAUGACUCCUCAGACCAAUCGUUGAGUUUUUAUAAUUCAAAAAAUCUUUCGGAGAUCUCUGUCACGGAUUGUGUCCCAAAUGUGGACAACAAUUCAAAUGCAAUCAAAAGCUCAGAAGUGAUCGCAAAUACAGAAGUAUUAGAUGACAACGAAAGUGACGACGAUUUCGCUGACUUCGCGUCCGCGCAACCGGUUUUUAAUACACAUUUGCAAUCAGUUCCUGAUUUAAAGGCCAACUCUUCCUCGUCGACACAAUUUGAAGAUAACGACAGCGAAUUCGCAGACUUUUCAUCGUUUCAAACGAAUAACACUAUUAACGGGUUUAUAGCUCCUGUAGAAAAUGAAAUGGUGUCGCAAUCGGUUCCUGAUUCAGAUCAAUUGACUCAACUUUUUGCUCAACUCUUCCCACUCGAGGAGACCAUAAGUUGUGAUGAAAAUUCUCAGUACAUAUCAAGAGAUCUAUUCAAUAGAUGCGAUCAAAAUAGCAAAAACCUAUGGAAACAAUUACAAGACUUGGAGAGCGCGCCGUCACUUAAGCUCCGUUGGCCUAAUUCGCACUCUUUUCAGCUUCUGUUGACAGCCCUUAAUAUCGAUCCCCGAAAUAUUUUACGCAAUUCAUCAGUGCCUGUAUUCGCCUCAGGACUGGGAUGUGUUUUAGAGCCCACUAAACACCUAUACAAUACUCCCAUACCUCCGGUGCAAUUCGAUUGGGGCUCCAGUGGUCUGACUAAUCCUUUAGAUGUUAACCAAAAGUCUGCGGUUGCCUUCGAUUUAGACUUCUUCGUGACCAACGAUGACGUGAAGAACACCAAAAGACAAAACAACUUUUCAGAUUUAGACGAUUUCCUUAACGACAAAAACGGAAACAUUUGUGACAAUGAGUCCAAAGACUUAAAUAAGACAAAUAUAAUGCAACAGAUAUUAUCCUCAGUGAGCAGUACUUCUUCGGCAACUAAUGCCAACACUGGCUCGAGUCAAGUGUUGAGUGCGGAGGCGCUUCAGGUUUUGGAUGAAUUACCAUACCUGUCGUUCAUGAGGGCCAAGGUUUUAGUAUUUAAAUCUCAGACCAACUCUUAAUUCACACGAAUAUUACAAAAGAUACAAAACAUUCCCAAAACUAGUCCUAAGAAUAAUAAUAUAACUUAUAUUUUAUACAAAAAAA